CGACCACCCAUCAAUACGCACCAACACAACCCUGUUUAGAACAACUAUCACUCGCAUUUCAGCAUUGUUAGGGGAAGUUUAAGUCUUGGAGAUCAGCAAUUCCCUUAAAACAGCUUUGGCAAGGUGGAUUUUAGGUGAGAUAUCCAACUUUCUGAAAGUGCGAACGCAUCAGGAUUGAGCGCGUGCGACUGGAGCGUGCGAGAUCUGAGAUUAUUGAGUAUGCAGUAACAGGACACUGGCAUUGGGCAGACGGAGAGAUUUCAUCUGUUUUCAGGCUCACAUGGAGGGUGAGAAACAUCUACAGCAUUGGAACACAUUAAGGUGUUUUCUGUUGUGCCUUGCAGUCCUUGUCCUUACGACAGAGGUCAACGCAGGAGUGAAGAAGAGCAGUGGACCAUGUGGGGGGAGAGACUGCAGCGGAGGCUGUCGCUGUUAUCCUGAGAAGGGUGCGAGGGGAUCGCCUGGACCCCUUGGUCCCCAGGGCCCUACAGGCCCUAACGGACGUCAGGGUGACCCUGGUCUCCAGGGCCCUAAAGGAGAGAAGGGAGACCAUGGCAGAGGAGGCACUAUGGGUCUAAAAGGAAGUGUGGGAAUGCAAGGGGUUCCAGGGUUUGAUGGAGCAGAUGGUAUUCCGGGCCACCCUGGGCCAUCUGGGCCUCGUGGAAAACCAGGAGCUGAUGGCUGUAAUGGAACCCGGGGAGAUUCAGGAAUUCCAGGCUUUUCAGGAGACCAUGGUGGACCUGGAAUACCAGGUCUGCCAGGAAUGAAGGGGGAGAAGGGUGAUCCUUUGGAGCUGUGGGUCUAUAUGGAAAGAUUCAGGGGAGAUCCAGGGCCACCAGGUUAUCCAGGAUUUAUUGGUCCAACUGGUAACCCAGGGUACGGUGGGCAGCCAGGAUUACCAGGACCUUGGGGUCCUUCUGGUAGUAAAGGUGUUAAAGGACAAAAGGGUGAAACCACUAAAAGAAUAAAAGGAAUCAAAGGAGAAUCGGGGGACAUUGGAGAGCCAGGCCCACCAGGACCUUUCCCACAUACGAGACCAAUCCCUACAGAAUGGCAGGGUCAAAAAGGGAUGAAGGGUCAUAAAGGUGAAAAAGGAAAUUUGGGAUAUGUAUCUACGAAAGGAGAGACUGGUGUGGCAGGGUUUCCAGGACAACGGGGAAACCCAGGAAAGAAUGGCUGGAAAGGAUCUAUGGGUGACAUUGGACUACCAGGUUUCCCAGGAAAUCAAGGCCACAAGGGAGACAGAGGAGAUCCUGGAGAGCUGAUAGGAAGUCCAACUGAGACUGGAGCAGGUCCUCCAGGGCCUCCAGGGGAGCGUGGCCCAAUUGGAAAUUAUGGUUCUAAGGGUGCUAAAGGACAGCCAGGUCCCCCAGGACCCCCUGCCUCUGAACAACAACAAGUGGAUCUGUGGGGCCCAAGGGGACCACAGGGACCAAAGGGAGUCAAAGGUGAAGCUGGAGAACCUGGUAAUCCUGCCACUCAACCUGGGCUGCCCGGCUCCGAUGGGCUACCUGGAUUUCGGGGACCACCUGGACCCAAGGGAUCAUUGGAAGAUUUUUUCAGAGGCGCAGCCGGACAACGUGGACGUCCAGGGAAUGCAGGAAAAAAAGGACCAAAGGGUGACCAUGGUCUGUGUGAAUGCGAUGUAAUAUCCCCUUCUGGCCUUCCGGGCCCUCCUGGUGAUGCUGGGGACCCUGGAGUGGCAGGCGAGUGGGGUCAGCGGGGUGAUCAGGGAGAUCCAGGACCCAAAGGCGUCGAUGGUCUUAUUGGUUUUCCUGGUACAAGAGGAUCAUCUGGACUCAAAGGCAGAAAAGGAGAGAUGACAGCAGCUACACAGAAAGGAUUACCUGGUGACCCAGGGGACCCAGGUGAGAGUGGUUACCCAGGAGAGCAAGGAAGGCCUGGGCUUAGUGGAAAAGAUGGUGAACCAGGUUUUAGAGGAUCUCCUGGAGAAGGUCCUGUAGGUGAGCCUGGAGAGAAGGGAUACCCAGGUCCUCCAGGUCCCCCAGGUCUAAUAGGCCCCACAGGACUACCUGGCCAAGUUCUUGGAGCAACUAAAGGUGUAAGGGGCCUUCCAGGAGAUGAUGGUCAAAUUGGUUCUGAUGGAGAAAAAGGUUUGCCUGGUGCCCCAGGAGCCUGUAGCUCAAGAGAAGUUCAAUGGAAUAUUGAAGUGGAGUGUAUUGGAGAUCCCGGGCCACCUGGAGAGACAGGGCAGCCUGGACUUCCAGGAUUGGAAGGAUUUCCUGGAGUACCAGGUCCCAAAGGUGUACAAGGUCUUUCUGGAGAACCUGGGGGCGAAGGAGAGCGAGGUGAACCAGGAAUAGGAGGCCCACCUGGGCCAAGGGGUUUUGUUGGACCUCGGGGAGAUUUAGGAUAUCCUGGCACCAAAGGUGUGGAAGGAGAUCCAGGCAUCUCUGGUAAACCAGGUUUGGAUGGUGCUUCAGGGGAAAAGGGUGAACAUGGUGAAGUUUUAGGAGCAUCUCCUGGAGCCUCAGGAGAGCCAGGACGGCCAGGAGAGAGGGGUGUCACUGGCCUUCCAGGAGACCCAGGCCCAAAAGGACACCCAGGUAUGGAUGGAAUGCCAGGUAUUAUCGGCCUCAAGGGUGAAAUUGGCCCUCCAGGUCUUCAAGGAGAGGUAGGAAAACCUGGACCGCAAGGAACAUUUGGCUUUCCUGGCCAGCCCGGUUACACAGGACCUCCUGGACCACCCGGAAAAACUGGAGAACCAGGUCCAAGUGGAGUAAGGGGAGAUCAGGGAGACCCAGGACUUUCUGGACCCAGAGGAGUAAAGGGUGCCAUUGGAGACCCUGGAAAUAUUGGUGUACCAGGAAAUACUGGGCUCCCAGGAGAUCCAGGACAACCGGGGCCGUUUGGGUUUGGUGGUCUCCCAGGGUUAAAAGGUUCCAGAGGUGGUCAGGGCAUGACAGGUUUUCCUGGAAAGCCUGGUGAGAAAGGUUUUAAAGGACUUUCAGGAAAGAAAGGACAGAUAGGCUUACCAGGACAACAAGGUAUAAAAGGAGCUCCUGGCCCUCCAGGUGAAAAAGGUGACAUAGGGCUGAUGGGACCUCCAGGUGAAAAGCUUAUGCCACCAAAUAUGAAAAAGGUCAUGAAGGGAGCUAAAGGUGACCAUGGAUAUAUGGGAGAUCCUGGCUUCACUGGUCCCAGAGGUACAAAAGGUGCUCCAGGUUAUCCAGGAAGUGAUGGGAAAGAUGGACAUCCAGGUAAGCCUAGUGACACAAAAGGUACUAAAGGUCUUCCCGGAGAAGAAGGUCAAUCAGGGCCUAAGGGAAUGCCAGGGCCUACAGGACUUCCUGGAAUUGAUGGUUUCCCUGGAAUGGCUGGACCCAGGGGUGACAAAGGCUUGUCUGGUGCCUAUGGACAGACUGGAGAAUCUGGAAUCAAAGGAAUAAAAGGUGAAUUGGGUCCUACCAUCAGUCUCCCAGGAUCAACAGGACUGAGAGGUGAAACUGGGCUGCCUGGACCUUCAGGUGAGAAGGGACUCGUAGGUCAACCUGGAGAUAGAGGAAGUUCUGGUUUUGAUGGCAUUGUAGGCAGGAAAGGCCAACCGGGUGAACCAGGACAAGUUGGACCACCAGGAUCUCACGGCCAGCAGGGUUUCCCAGGAAACCAGGGUCAUAAGGGCUGGCCAGGAGAGCCUGGGCAGAAAGGAACCCCUGGAAUCCAAGGCCAACCGGGACAAAAAGGAUUUCCUGGUCUUAAAGGCAUUUUUGGUUUGAAUGGCCUGAAAGGUGAAAAGGGUACCCAAGGUGUUCCAGGUACUGACAACUGGGGUCCUCCAGGUGACCCAGGAGCAAAAGGAGAGAUAGGAGAGACCGGUAUCCCGAGCACAGAGGCUGGCAUCCCUGGAAAUCUGGGCCUUAAGGGUUUCACUGGAGAGCCUGGUGAUAAGGGUGAAUCUGGGCGUCCAGGUGUACCAGGUCCUCCAGGCCCAAUGGGAUUCUCUGAUAUACCAGGAGUGCCAGGCGACUAUGGUUUUCCAGGCACUAAAGGACUUCCAGGUUCACCUGGUCCCAGAGGGAUUCCAGGUGAACCAUCUCCAUUUGGAGCAAAAGGAGAGAAAGGAAAUUUAGGUGAUUUCGGAUUCACCGGAGAAAAAGGAGUCCAUGGAGACAGAGGAGAAAAAGGACAGUCAGGGGAACCUGGAGUGUCAGGAAGAAAAGGUGAAAGAGGAGACCCAGGAAUGAUGGGACUUCCAGGAAGACGUGGUUUUGAAGGCAACAGGGGCCCUGUUGGCCCUAAAGGAGAUACUGGACCCCCAGGUUUCCCUGGCUCACCUGGUGCUAAAGGACUUCCACCUGUUCCACAGAAAAUUCCAGGGGAGAGAGGACAACCUGGCCCGAUGGGUAUUCAAGGACCACAUGGACGCAAUGGAAAUCCGGGUCCUGCUGGACCUCCUGGUGAUGCAGGGGUUUGGGGUCCAAAGGGAGAGAAGGGCAUGCCAGGUCUCCCUGGAAUACCAGGAAAUCCAGGCUUCCGUGGAGAACCUGGACAACUGGGCCACCCUGGUCUGCAAGGCGAAGAAGGGGCACGAGGACGCUCUGGUUUACCGGGUCCUAUUGGAAUGGCUGGCCGCAGUGUCAAUGUUGGCUACCUGCUGGUGAAGCACAGUCAGUCUGAGCAGAUUCCCAUGUGCCCUGUGGGCAUGUCCAAGUUAUGGGACGGUUAUAGCCUUCUGUACUUUGAGGGACAGGAGAAGGCCCACAACCAAGACCUGGGUCUAGCCGGCUCAUGUCUCCCCCGUUUUAACACUAUGCCCUUCCUGUACUGCAAUCCGGGGGACAUAUGCUACUAUGCCAGCCGCAAUGACAAAUCCUAUUGGCUGUCCACCACCGCACCAAUUCCCAUGAUGCCUGUGGAGGAGGCUGAGAUAAAACCAUACAUCAGCCGUUGUUCCGUGUGUGAAGCACCAUCUGUGGCCAUCGCCAUACACAGUCAAGAUAUAACUAUCCCACAAUGCCCAGCCGGAUGGAGAAGUCUCUGGAUUGGCUAUUCCUUCCUUAUGCACACAGCAGCUGGAGAUGAAGGUGGCGGUCAGUCUCUGGUGUCUCCAGGCUCUUGUCUAGAAGAUUUCCGCACCACUCCCUUCAUCGAGUGUAACGGGGCCAAGGGUACAUGUCACUACUUCGCCAACAAGCAGAGUUUCUGGUUGACCUCUAUCGAUCAGACCUUCCAGAGUUCCUUUGUCUCUGAGACACUCAAAGCCGGGCAGCUCCUGUCACGCAUCAGCCGCUGCCAAGUGUGUAUGAAGAACUUGUGACCUGUAACCUAUGAACUUUGAUACUAUUGCAGCAGCAUUACAGUUAACAACUUCAGAAUGCUCCAUGCAAAUUCUUCAUUCCAAAUUUCAGUCGGACGUCAAUAUCGCAAGUUAGUCUUUUGAAAUAACUUAAUGUAUUUAAUGCAUCACAUAUGACAUGCCCUUAGAUUCACUCUUCAUCACGACUGUGUGCCUUAUGACUGAAGAUAUGUACAUGUGCAUAAUGACAAGUGAAGCCAGAGAUGCAUGUAAGCAAUGCAUAGCUAUGAUAUUUCUCUGUAUUAUUAACAUUUCUAUGUGUAAAAUGGUGCUUAAUUUCUAACUUAUUACCUCAGCAUUAUCAGACCUGAAUCUCUUGUAAUUAAUAUUACCAAGUACGUACAGCUGAACCAAAGAAGCCCAUGCUUACGCACUUCUCUGCCCUUUCGUGUUAUGUGGUAGCACUUUUUGUGAAUCGAGGUUUGGGAAUCAAAAAACAGUUCUUAUUCAGAACUGGUUCCAUUGUUUUAAAAGGCAGUGUCUAUUUACACUAAAUGCAAAUAGCUGACUUUGUUUGCAAAGGCUAUUUAUCCUUAGUGCAAAUAUGACUUCUGUUUGCACUUUGUGUGAAUAACAUCAAUUGCAAUCUGCACUUGAUGCAAUUUGUUGCUGUUCUGCAACGGAGGCCAGCUAGUAGUCGCUGUGCGAGUAAACCUCACUCCCCUGAUCUCAAGAGGUGCUCUAGCGACUGACGAUAGAGACUGUGGUCUUUAGCCUCCUUGUUAGAGCGCCAGCCUGGUUUUGCGUCCUGCUUGGAGUGGGCAGGUGCGAACUAGAGGGGCUACAUUGGUGCCGUGACCCGGAUGGGAGUGAGGUUUAGGGGGGUGAGUGUAACGGAGGCCAGCUAGUAGUCACUGUAUGAGUAAACCUUUACCUUUAGCCUCCUUGUUAGAGUGUCUGACUCCCACUCCAGAGACCCAGGUUCAAGGCCCGCGCAGAGCGGGGCGAGUAUGACCUGGGUAGAGGGGUUACAGUCCACACUUAGUGUAAACAGAAUCUACCUUUUGUUACACUUAGGCUACGUUCACACUGCAAGCCUUAGUGCUCAAUUCUGAUUUAUUGCUCAGAUUUGCUUGUUACUUUUUUUAAAAGUGGCCAAUAUCAGAUUCAGAUUCAAGAUUACCAAGUGACCAAAGAACUACUGGUAUGUAAAAUCUCUAGAGUGACUUCCAUCAGCGCAGAAUUGUGAUGAAUUUUGAUCUAGAGUUACGUAAAAGUCACAUGAAUUCCGAUAUGUCUGUUCAGACUGAGGUCACAUUGUAAAACAUAGAAUCUGUAUCUGAUUUAGGACCACAUAAGGAAGUGGUCCAAAUCAGAAUUGAAUGUGGUUUGUGCUGUUCACACUGCUAUGAAAAAAAUAAACAAACAAACAAAAACAGAUCUGAGUCAUUAUGAGCAAAACAAUCAGAUUUUGGCCACUUUUGCCUGCAGUCUAAGGCUAUGUUCACACUGUCAAUCCAAAUCUGAUUAUUUGCGUUUCUGAUUGGAAUCUGAUGUAAAUUAUUGACUGUGUACACAGUGUAUUGCAACUGAUCAAAUCCGAUUUGUGUGUCCCUUGGUGCUCUUUAUUUUUCUGCAAUAUCUGCAUUGGUUUCUGUGGCAAUUACAUUGUGUUUGGUAGGCAUACACCAAAAACAACAACCACAACAUGGAGGGGUUUGCAAUACAGAUGUUGUCUUAUUUAUAACAUGAAAAUGUGUAGCCACCACGCUGUACUACUACGUCUUCUGAGGCAGCGGCAGAAAGGUAGGAGGCUGGCUUUAUUUGGUCCUGUCGUGUCUGCCGGUCUCAACAUGUCUCCAUUAUAUUGUCAUUUUCUGCUCAACCAACACUUUGCAACAAAACAACCUUGUUUCUGCAACGACGUUCAGCAUUUUUCUUAUAACAACGUCUGACAUGUUUACAUUUUACAUAGUGAGAAAGUGAAAUAAACCAAAUGGAAAUGCACAGAAAUCGGAUUUGGACUAACAGUCUGAACGAAAACGUAGCCUUAGUGUAAAACAAAUAGCAUCUGUAAUCUUUUCAUUGCCUUUUAAAAAUACUGGAAGUGAUUUCAAUUAAUGGUUCUGGAACAUCUGCAUUCACCACAAUACAAUAUGCAGAGCCGAUACUUUCUAUGCAUGUGAAUCAACAAUCACACCUUCUCAUGGUAUAUAUGACACUUUGACACAUCUGAAGCAGGGCUGUUGGUUUAGUAAAUGCAAAAGAGCAAAGUUGCAAAAUACAAUUUGAGUUAUAUACUGUUUAUUUCAGAUUGUUGUUUUGUUCUGUUUGAAGCUGAAAGGAUCUAAUCAUUUGACAGCACAAUUUCUGAGGAUAGUGAUUGCAAUAAAAACUGCAAUAAGAACGUAUCUGCUAUUUUUAAUCCUUAUAUAAUAAUUUCACCAGACUUACACUAACACCAUCUUCUGCUGCCUGUACAUUAUUUUUUGCUUUGCGUUUGUUUAUAGAGGAGCUCUGAGUCAGACUUGGAUAGAUAUUUCUUUUUAGCAUGGACCCUUUAUCAUGUAAUGUUGUCACACACUAUUCAUUGGGUAAUUUAUUUCAUAAAAGGUCAUAAACUUUGAGACUUGAAGCUUUUUAUUAGAAUAUUGUCUAGUCAAGAGGCUCAUUCUGGUUUGUUUGUUAGAACCCUCUGUUGGUUACACCAAUUGCACUGAUUUCUCUUGAGGUUUACAGGACACAUGUUCAGGUCAUUUGAAGACUCUAGUUCAGUCUUUGUCCCGCUUCCACAUAAAUGCACAAACAGGCUAUAUUCUCCAUUGAGUCUGUAAACAAUGGCUAAUGUGGGUUACCUAAAUGUUUUGGACUUUGAGCAGCUUUGCCCAUUUUCAGUGCACAUUGCACAAGUAUUAUUGUCCUGAAGCCCAUAAACCACAUGCAUGUAUUUUAUACCAGUAAAGAGAACCAAAUAAGAUUAUAAUUCAGAAUGUUUUGCAUUAAGAACGUCACUGCUUUUUUUUUUUUUUUUUUUUAAAUGUACUUUAAAUGUAAUUAUGUGGAAUAUUUGAAGACAUUGAUUUUGAAUUAUAGUGUUAUUGAAUAAAACAACAAUAAAUACUUCUUGUUUGUUACAUUUGUCAUCUCUCAUUUUAAUUUUAUCUGAACAAUAACUACCUUAUAGAAAGCAUGAAAUUAUGCAUUUCUAAAGCAUAUAAAGCACCUUAUAUAGGGCCCACAGCAAUUGCUGUAAAAUAAAAGUAAUUAAAGACCAUUAUAAUGACACACUACCAUUUAAAUGUUUGUGGUCAGUACAAUUCUUUUUUUUAAGAAAUUAAUACUUUUAUUCAGAAAGGACUCAUUAAAUUGAGCAAAAGUGACAGUAAAGAUAUUUAUAAUGUUACAAAAGAUUUCUAUUUCAAAUAUAUGCUGUUCUUCUGAACUUUCUAUUCCUCAAAGUAAAAUGUAUUAUGGUUUCUACAAAAAAUAAAAAAAGCAAAACUGUUUUCAACACUAAUUACAAUGUUUCUAGACUGACAAAUCAGCAUAUUACCAGUAUUUUGAACAAUAAAAGCCUGGUUUCACCAACAGGACUUAGAUUAAGCCAGGAUUAGGCCUUAGUUCAAUUAGGAUAUUUAAGUAGCUUUUAUAGCCUCAGAAACAUUACUGGUGUGCAUCUUGAGACAAAACAUUGGCACUGACAUAUUUUAAGCUACUAAACAUUAAAAAUUUCUAAACAUUAGGGGUAUGAAACAUCACUGGUCUUACAAUUCAAUUCGAUUGUGAUUAUCAUGUCAAAGAUUCGAUUCCACAAUGCGUUCCAUUCUCAAUUUUCAAUAUUACUUCACAUGGCUACAUUUUCGUCAACAAAUACAAGCAGUCAGAUAUAUGAACUCCCUUUAUAUUUUGUCUGCUCCAAGAAAGUACACUUCCUGAAUGUAGCAAACAUCAGACAAAACGUCUCGGGUUACGACUAUAACCCUUGUUCCCUGAGACGCUGCAUCGGAACGACACUUUGGGGAAUGCCUCCAGUGUGACAGUGCCUGAAGUUUGUAUUGAACUAGUCCAAUCUCGAUUGGUGUUGCGUCAUGACGUCACAUGUGACGACGACACGGAAGCUAAAAAGGGGAGCCGUCACAGAAGAGUGUUAGCUUCUGAUAGGUCGAAGCAAGUCGUUCUUAGGCAGUCAGGAGGUGUGGCAAAGGGACGCACGGUCUUGUUUCCUUCUCAGAUAACAAGGGUUACAGUCGUAACCCGAGAUGUUCCCUUUUGAGGGAACUCGCGCUGUGUCGGAACGACACUUUGGGGAACGAAACACCCACUGUGCCACACCGACUACAGCCUGCCCUGGUGUGAAGCUUAUCAGGCACAACUCAGGAUGUGAGGACUUGAGAACCCGGCGUGGAGAGCAGAUCCAAGCUGUAAUAUCUUAUGAAAGUGUGCGGGGAGGCCCAGCCAGCUGCAUCACAGACCUCUUAAAGGGAAACCCCUGAUAACAGGGCCUUGGAGGACUCCACUCCUCUAGUCAAGCGGGCUUUGAUCAGGAGAAGUGAGGGCAAAUUGUGUGCCUCUUAUUUUGAAGAGAUAGCCUUCACAAUCCACCUGCUAAUCGUAUGUUUAGAGGCAGGGGAACCUUUCUUAAGUGACCCAAAGCACACAAGUAGCUGGUCUGACUUCCUCCAACCUGAGGACCUACGUACGUAGGCCUCAAAGGAUUUAACAGGGCAUAAUAAACGUAGCUUCUCAUGAUCAGCCAACAUGUGGUGGAAGAUGAAAGGUCUGCAGAAUAACAGACCGUGCCACAUUCGAGCAAACACAUUCCACUUUAGGGCAUAAAGUUUCCUUGUGGAGGGAGCUCUAGAAUUUAGAAUGGUCUCAACAACCUCAGUUGAGAGAUCAGUGCUCAGAAGCUGGUCCCCCUCAGGGGCUGGACUCAUAGUUUCCACAGCUCCGGCCGGGGGUGAUAAAUUAGACCCCCAUCUUGCGACAGCAGGUCUUGUCUGAUGGGGAUGUCCCAAGGGGUGCCUGCUAGGAAUGCUAUGAUGUCUGAGAACCAAACUCGGGCCGGCCAGUACGGGUCUAUUAUAAGUAGACUGACCCCGUCCCGGCGGACCCUCUCUAGAACUCCCGGGAGCAGAGCGAUCGGGGGAAACGUACAGGCACCCCGCCUCAACAGGAUGUCUGCUCCCAAAUUUUGGUCCCUGGGAAUUUACAUCGCUCUGAGCGAGAGUAACUUCCCCUGGGACCACAGAAGAACCUGAUGCGCCAAUCUGCACAAAGGGUGCGACCUCAUUAGGGUUGCCAGGUUUUCACAACAAAACCCACCCAAUUGCUCCUCAAAACUAGCCCAAAACUAGCCCAAUUGCAUUUCAGGGGGGUCCAACGGUAAAAAACUCUUUCCGGGGGGCAAAAUUUGUGUUUUUGGCGGGGAUCCCCUGGUAAAAUUCGCAUUCCAGGGGCUAAAUAUCACAUUAUUUUGGGUCGAUUCAACCCGUGGACAUGAAAAACAACCCGCGGUAACAGUAUAAAAGUAGCCCAAUUCUGCGGGAAAACCGCAGACUUGGCAACACUGUACCUCAGGCCUCCCUGCCGAUUUAUGUAGGAGACCACCGACGUAUCGUCUGUCCAUACCAGAACAUGAUGGCCCCUGAGGUCUGGAAGGAAGUGCCUCAGGGCUAGAAACACAGCUAUCUUCUACAGGCAAUUUAUGUGCCACGAAACAUGAUGCCCUCUCCACAGACCUCUGGUAAAGCGCCCUCCAUGACCGCCUGUGAGGGAUGUGUCCGUCGUCACGAUUCGCAGCUGACAAGAUGCUCCCAACACAGGACCCUGGGACAGAAACUACGGUUUCUUCCACAUAGCCAAAGAACGAAGGCAUCUGCACGUUACGUUGAUCGUGCAGAAUGGGUUUCCCCUUGGGGAAAACCCCCUGGUCCUGAUCCACCACUGCAGGGGUCUCAUGUACAGCAGGCCAAAAGUUAUUACAUUGGACGCUGCUGCCAGAAGCUCCAGCACUCUCUGAAAGUGUUUGACAGUGAUGGCUUGGCCUUGCUAGAUGUUGGUGACUGUAGUCAAGAUAGUAGAUGGAUCUGAAUCUCCCCAGAGAACGAUUCGAUACCCUGAGAUCUAUGAUGGGCGUAAUCCUCCAUCCUUCUUGGGAACUAUGAAGUACUGACUGUAGAACCCAGCCUCCCUCUUGUGAGGAGGAAUAUACUCUAUGGCCUCCUUUGCUAAGAGGGAUUGAACUUCUAGUUUCAUCACCCGACCCUGCUUGGGGUUGACAAUGGUAUGCACCACCCCAUUGAACUUCGGUAGAUGGUACUUGAAUUGAAUUCUGUAACCUUUCUCGUACACAGGACCCAUUGAGAUAUAUUGUGAAGAUUUCUCUAAGCUUCUACAUAUUCUACUAAGAGGACCAGUCUCUCGAGACUGACCUCAGGUUGUAACAAUUGGCCCUAUUGGUCGAGUUUACAUCAAUAAAAAAUGGUGUCAGAUUUAACUGUGUGAGGUUGGGAGUGUUUUAAAAAAUGAGACAACAACAGUUGUAAAGUGAAUAAAUAAGUGUAUUUACAAUAUUCACAAAGGACUUAAAACAACACAAUAAAACUAGAAAAACUUAGGCUGUUAAAAGCGUGGAGUCCGACUGCACCAUACCAUAAAACAGUCUGUAAGAAUCCUAGCAUGUUGCCAGUCCCAAAGUGAAUGUGUGAAGUGUCCAAUGGUGUAUAUACAAAAGUCCACAGUAGUGAUAAUCCAAUUAAAAGUGAUGUGCUUGGCUGGAAAGAGAAGUCCUUAAAAAUAACUCCUCAAUCCAGCUUGACGGUGCACCAUGUGGUUAUUUUGACAGAGAGCUUGAUUGUUUGCCAUGCUGCCUCCUUUAUGCUGACUUACUUCCUGUAUCCUGUCAUGUGAUCAGUCACAUGACAGGCAGAACCAGACUUAUUUAAAGACAUACACACAUUAAAACAAGAGGAAUAAAAUGGCUAAGACAACAUGUAAACUAAUUAAAACUCAAAUAUAUAUAAAACCAUCAUGAUAUAUAUAUUGAGUGGUAAAACGUGUCCUGUGUGAGAGUGUCACAGGGUGUCGUGUUUGAAAUAAGUUCCGUGCCCUGAAGCGGCUGGCCGACAGGGGAAACUCGAACGAUAUUUUCUACAGGCCUCAUAUGAGGGAGAGAACUCGAUAGGGUCGCAACGAGACCGGGCGGACACUUCGAUUUGCGUUCGCUGGAAACCAAUGCGAACAAAAGCACACGAGGCGGCAGGAAGCAAACAUUGAUUUUCUGAGGGCGAGAUGUUGUUGCUCCAUCACAGGGGGGACCGCCAUCAACUUUUGUAGCUCUUUAAUAUGGUCGAGCCUGACCUCCCCGCUGUCAUCCGAAUGACUUUUUGAUAUGCCUGCAUGAUGCCCAUAGUGUGCAGGCAUGCACCAGCCCGACCCGCUGCUAUAUAUGCCUUACCCACCAAUGCAGAUGCUGUGCGACAGGGUUUGGUGGGCACCGUCGGAGCCUUAAGGGAUGAUGCAGCAUCAGGUGAGAGAUAUGAAGCCAAAGUCUCUUCAGCCUGGCACAUCACCCCAUAACCGUUCUCUCUCAAGCCCAAGAUGGAGGAAUAGUUGGGCUCGAUAAUCUCGACGAGAACGGCUUCUUCCACGAUCGACACCUUGGGAGACGCGAGUCCCGAACCACGGGGAGCGCGAGCCUGGCCGAAUCAAACAAGGCCAGGCGGGAGUAGAGCAUUCUGAGCGGCAGCAGCUCACAGUUUGAACAGACAGCACCCUCGAGUGCUGCCCGUGCAUGCUCCGCUUCGAGGCACAUAACACACAGCAAGUGUGUCUGCCUAAAUUGACCUAUCAGAAGCUAACACUGUUCUGUGACGGCUCCCCUUUGUAGCUUCCGUGUACGCCGUCACGUGACGUCAUGAUGCAACACCAAUCGAGAUUGGACUAGUUCAAUAUGUACUUCAGACACUGUCACGCUGGAGGCGUUCCCCAGAGUGUCGCUCCGAUUUAGCAUGAGUUCCCUCGAAAGGGACUUUAAGUCUGAACACAGCAUACGACAGGAGCAUUUAGAACUAAUAAACACUAGUACACUAAAUGCGCAUGGAAAUGUCAGGUAGUGUAGUUAAGUUACAAUAAUGCUCACACACACACACACACUCGCAUGCAUGCACACUCUCGCUCGCACACACGCACAUUCUCUCUCUCACACAAUGUAAAAAUGUGGGUGCAUUUUUGAUUACUUGCUUGUGUGUUUCGCCUACCUCCGCCAUUUUACACUAGCGUGAGAAGCACAUAUGCAAUGAAUGAUGUCACAGAAACAUCAGUAGGCUAUAAUUGAUUAUGUUCUUACUGGAUCGAUGCAGAAAUGUCCAUGUCCACAUUGCAAUGCAUCAUAGAAACAAUUAAUUUCAACAUCCCUACUAAACAUUCUUCAUGAUGCUUUCACACACUAACCACACAGACCAACCCAUUUAUUCCAAGAUUUAAGAUUUUUUAUUUUUCUCACAUUAGAAUAAGUGAGGCAGAUUCAGAAAAUGUUGAUAUAAUUUUCACAAAAUAUAAUGUAGAUAUAAUUUCAAUUAAAAAAACAAAAACAAAUCAUGAUCAUUCCAUUCCAUUAAUGCAAAGAACAACAAAAAGUAAAAACUAUUCCACAAAAUUAAAACUGAACAAACAAACUAUUGAGCAAGAUCACCCAAGUGCUACUAUCUUUUAAUUCCCUCCAAAGAAGUUUGUUUCAAUACUGUUCUUGGGGGCGAAAAAAAAAGAGUAAUAAUAAUAAUACAAAAAAAAAAAAAAAAAACACAUAA